UUAGUCUGAGUUCGACCCAGUUUGAAAGUGAACCAACCGCUGUAGUUGCGGCUUCAGUCCCCAAACAAUAACAACCAGAACCAAGACCCAGAAAACCCAGAGAUUCGGUCCGAGUCCCCCUGUCCCGGGCCUCCUACCGUGCCGCCAGUAUGAUGCGCAAAGAUGUCAACAAGCCGAAGGGGAAGACGUCGGCGUACGCCUUCUUCGUCCAGACGUGUCGAGAAGAGCACCGGAAGAAAAACCCGGAGCAGUCGGUCAACUUCGCCGAGUUCUCCAAGAAAUGCUCCGAAAGAUGGAAGGCUCUGUCUCCCACUGAGAAGAAGAGGUUUGAAGACAUGGCCAAGGCUGACAAGGUCCGCUACAACCGAGAGAUGAGCGACUACGUCCCUCCUAAAGGCUUCGGAAAGAGGGGCCGCAAGAGGAAAGACCCCAACGCCCCCAAGAGACCCCCGUCAGCGUUCUUUGUGUUCUGCAGCGAGUACCGGCCCAGUGUGAAGCAGCAGUACCCGGGCCUGUCCAUAGGAGACUGUGCCAAGAAGCUGGGAGAGAUGUGGAGCAAACUGACCCAGUCUGAGAAGCUGCCGUACGAGGAGAAGGCCCAGAAGCUGAGGGAGAAGUACGACCGGGACAUGGUGGCGUACCGCGGCGGCGGCACCUUCGCCAGGAACCCAGACUCUUCGGCUCAGGGGGGCGAGGAUGAUGAUGAAGAGGGGGAAGACGACGAUGAAGAGGAGGAAGACGACGAGUAGAGAGACUGAGAGAGUGUCUGAGGGGCUCAGGUGGGACGGUGUGUGUUUCAGAGGAGCAGGUGAGACGGCAGAGGCAGGUAGGGACAGAAGAGGACAGGUGAGAGGUCAGAGACGGGUCCAACCAGACAGGGAGGGACAGAGACAGACAGGUGAGGAGGAAGGUUCUGCCGUCUCCAGUCGGUCAGCCUAGAAACGGAUCAAGUUCAGUACAUUUACUGGUUUAUUCUGAUGUCUGUAUCAGAACUUCUCUGUUCUGUUCCAUUGAGCCCGAUGGUCUGUGAGGGUCUGGUUCUGGACCUGAGCUGGUCCUCCAGUAUGUCAGCCAGCUGAUGGACUGAUGAGCCCGGUUCUCUGAUCCAGGAUCCGAUCCAGAACCUGAUUACUUUAACUUUGUUCCUGAUUUCAAGUGAACUUUAAAACUUGAAGGUAAAUAAUCUUCUUAAAUAAAUGCGUCUGAACAGUAAAAGAUUUUCUACCAGUUUAUAAAUGCUCAGAACUUCCUGAGGGAGGGGAACCUCUGGUACCGGGCCAUACACGGUCCUCAGAACCAUUUCAUCUGGCUCUACACACAAUUUAAAACAAACAAUUUGUAGCUAAUAUUUCCCCCUCAAAUUGAAUUAUUUUAUUUGUUUCUGUGUUAAAUUGACAGCAAUAAAAAUAUCCGAGUCAGAACCAGGGUCCGGGUGGUCCAGUAUCAGCGAUGGGGGAGAGAGGCGAUGAUGCUGGUUUGUUCAGAAGAAACCAUCAGCAGCUGAUACCUCCUGCAGGAGGAGAAUAUGGGAGAGAAUGACCCGGUUCCAGAAGCGCUGCAGAACUGCUCGAUCCAAUCAAAACCCAGUCGUGUUCAGAACAACAGUGAUAAAUGAUAGUGCUGGCUCCAGUUAGAGAAGCAGCUCAAACCUUCAUAUUAAGUCAAGUUUAUUUAUUUAGUGCUUUUCAGCAACAAGGCAUCAAGGUG